CUACGCAAGAUGGCGACUCUAGAGGACGCACUUUGUAAUGUGCAACAACUUCAGGCAAUUUCCCUUCCCGACGAACAGCCACAAGUGGAAGCACCUCCGGCUUCUGUCACUUACAUUUCCAACUUUGAUACGAACUUCGAGGACAGCAAAGCCUUCAUCACAUGUAUCAGCAAGUAUUUGGAAGAGGCGGAUGUACACAAAGGCUUGAAUGAAAUGCUUGAAGAGGGUGCAAAGUAUUCUGUGAUGUUGUACACGUGGAGGAGUUGUUCAAGAGCUGUUCCUUCUGUUAAAAGUGAUGACCAACCAAACAGAAUUGAGAUUUAUGAGAAGACAGUUGAAGUUUUAGAACCUGAGAUACGCAAACUUAAGGGCUUCAUGCACUUUGCCCAAGAUGCUGUCACUAGAUUCUGCAAGGAAGUGAAGACUCUGAGUCACCCAGAGAGCAGAAAGGAUUUUAUAUCAGAGAGGUAUCUGUUGACACUUGGAAAAUUUGUGAACAUGUUUGCAGUCCUGGAUGCAUUGAAGAAUAUGAAGGCAUGUCUAAACAAUGACUAUGCAUUUUUUAAAAGAGCUGACACCUUCCUGCGUCGAGGAACUGGUGAUGUAUCAAUGAUUGAAGAAUCACAGAAUCUUUCUCUGUUUUUGGCUAACCAAAACAAGAUCACACACUUACUUAAAGAAGGACUGGAGAACAUUCAAGGAUAUGAAGAUGUGUUAGCUGAUGUGUUGAAUUUGUGUGUCAGAUUGUAUGAAAGCCACAUGUAUAUAACACCAAAUGAUAAAUACAUUCUUUUGAAGGUGAUGGGGUUUCUGAUUUUCCUGAUGGAUGGCAAGGAGAGUAGUGUGUUAAAGAUGGAUCAGAAGAAAAGGAUCAGCAUCAGCAAGAUUGACAAAAUCUUUAAGCAAUUUCCAGUGGUACCACUGUUUGGAGAUGUCCAAAUUGCUCUAGUGACUUACCUGAAAAUAUGCCCACACUUUGAUGGUAUGCGAGACAAAUGGACUUCAGCUGCAGAAGGUGCUGAUGAAAAAGUUGUGGGACAAUACAAUCUCCUUGGAAAUAUGGAGAGCAUCAGGGAGGAGCAUGUGAAGUUUAUCAGUGAGCUUGCUCGCUAGAAUAAUGAGAUGAUCACCUCCAGUGCUAAUCCUCGAAGUGAUGGACAGUGUAAAGAACUGACAAAUCUGGCUCUCAGAGGACUAAGGCUGCUGUCCUCAUGGACCGCACAAGUGAUGGAGCUGUACUCCUGGAAACUUCUACAUCCCACAGACAGGUAUGGCAAUCCACAAUGUCCUGAGAACGCUGAAGAAUAUGAAAGAGCUACAAGAUACAACUACAAUAGUGAAGAAAAGUUCUCACUUGUGGAGGUGAUUGCCAUGAUCAAAGGUCUUUAUGGUCAGAUAGUGCGACUUGAACCAAUGUUUUCAGAGGUGAUCAAACGUAAUGUACACACAGAAGUGCAGCAGUUUAUUCAGGUUAACUUAAGAGAGCCACUCAGAAAAGCUGUCAAGAGUAAAAAGGCUACUCUUCUGAAAACAAUUCUACUGUCCAUUCGGGAGACCGGAGGAGACUGGGCCGAUGGGCAACAUGGAAGAGGGGACCCUAUUCUGAAGGGAGAAAAGGACCCCAAAACAGGGCCCAACAUUAAGAUACCAGAAAGACUCGUAGGACCCUCCAGUACGCAGUUGUAUAUGGUCCGCACGAUGCUGGAGUCCUUAGUUUCUGAGAAAGGAGGCAAAAAAGUCAUGCGCAAAGAACUGGAGAAGGAAUCAGUGGAGCAGAUUGAAGAGUUCUUGAAGAAAUCUUUCUUCUUUGAACAAAUGCUUCGUUUUAAUGAAGUUUUGAGGGAUUGCUGUGACUUGUCUCAACUGUGGUUCAGGGAGUUUUAUUUGGAGUUGACAAUGGGUGCCAGAAUCCAGUUUCCCAUUGAGAUGUCGAUGCCAUGGAUCUUGACGAAUCACAUUUUGGAAAGCAAAAAUCCCAGUAUGAUGGAGUAUGUGUUGUACCCGCUGGACCUUUAUAACGACAGUGCUCAUUACGCCAUGACUGUCUUCAAGAAACAGUAUCUGUAUGAUGAAAUUGAGGCAGAGGUGAACCUGUGUUUUGACCAGUUUGUGUACAAGCUUAGUGAUCAGAUAUUUUCCUACUACAAGGCGCAGGCGUGCAGUAUGUUACUGGACAAGAAGUUCAAAUCGGAGCUUGUCCGUUUGAAUGCCGAGGCUGCAGCGAAACUCGGAACACGAUCCAACCGAUACGAGACUCUUCUUAGACAGAGGCAUGUGCAGCUUCUAGGUCGGUCAAUCGACUUGAACAAGCUCAUAACGCAGCGUCUUAACAACGCCAUGAUUAAGUCCUUGGAUUGUGCGAUAGCGCGGUUCGAGAGUGGAGAUAUCUGUGGUGUUGUGGACUUGGAGAACCUUAUUGAAGUGAACCGAAUGGCACAUCAGUUGUUGUCCAAGUGCGUGAAGCUGAUUCCGUUUAAGAACAUGUUGGGUGAAGCCAACCAUUCGGUGUCUGCGCCAUAUGGAAGGAUCACCCUUCAUGUGUUCUGGGAACUCAACUUCGAUUUUCUUCCAAACUACUGCUAUAACUCGUCCACGAACAGAUUUGUUCCGACUUCGCUUUCCUUAGUGGAAAAGGUUUCCAGAGAACAAGCUCCAAAACAGGCACAUCAUUACUUCUUUGGCACAAAGCUUCAAAACUCAGUGUUCAAUGCCAUUGGGUCGCUGUACAGCAACUUUGUCGGAGACAUUCAUUUCGCUUGCAUGUCACGCUUGCUUGGUUAUCAAGGGAUUGCUGUAGUGAUCGAAGAACUUCUUAAGAUUAUCAAGAGUGUGCUCCAAGGUCAGCUUCAGCUGUACAUAGCACAGCUCAUCGAAGGCAUGCCAAAGAAAUGUGGUCUUCCUCGCUUUGAGUACGGAUCAACAGGCGUCCUGGAAUACUAUCAUGCUAGCCUUGAACCGAUCAUGCAGUACCCGUACUUGAGGACAGAUGUGUUCCACGGAUUCAGAGAGAUCGGCAAUGCCAUCCUGUUCUGUUUACAACUAGAGGGCUUCCUUUCUCAAGAAGAGAUUAUUGAUCUGUUGCAUGCAGCUCCAUUCCAAGGAAUUAUCCCCAGGCCUUAUUUGAAAGAUGGUGAAAAACUCCAGGCCAAAAUGGAAAAGCUCGAGAAACAGUACAACUCGUUGCAAAUUUUGUCAACCAUUACCAAGCUUGGAACCAAAGAGCAAAUAGCCAACGCUAAAGAAGGCGACGUGUUGACGAAAGAAAGACUUUGCUGCGGACUGUCCAUAUUUGAGGUGGUAUUGAAAAAGAUCAAAAAGUUCCUGGUUCACGAAAUAUGGCAAGAGAUGCCGCCUUCCAAUGGAGUGAUGAACAUUGACGAGUGCAGAGAGUUUCACCGUCUGUGGAGCGCCAUUCAGUUCAACUACUGCCAGCCACUGCGGCAAAAUGAACUCACUGUAGAGCAGUGCUUUGGCGAAGGACUCAACUGGGCGGGAUGUACCCUUAUUGCUCUGUUAGGACAAGAGAAUCGUUUUGAAGCGUUGGAUUUCUGUUAUCAUAUCGUCAAAGUCUACGAGGUGGAUUCGCGGGACGAAGUGAUCGGUGGCGUGGAUCUCAAGCGGCUCGUUAGCCGAGCGCGUCACUUCAAAGCACUAAACGAUCAGAUAUUCGCCGUGCUCAACAAGCACCUCAAGUCUUCAGACGGUCCAGUUGAACAUGUCCGCUGCUUUCAGCCGCCCAUUCAUCAGGCCUUUGUCUCACCAAUCUGAUUUAAUCUGAACUUACCACCUGGUCCAUGUUGAAAUGUUUCGCGAAGUACAAUGUUGAAUUAACACAGAGGUAGCGUUUACUCAUUCAGAAAGGGACAUUUUCUCAAUUUUUUUUUUUUUUAAUUGAAAGGAAGAAAAAAAACCCAAGAAUUUUAAUUUCCUCACUGCCCGAACUCGCGGCAACUCAUGUUCCUCUCGUCCGUUCAUACAGAAGGCAGUUGUGGUCUCCACAAGUGCCUCUAGCAGAUCCCGAACGUCAGUAUACUGGGGAAAUCCGAGCCUAUGGGGAGGUUAUUUUUCAAAGUUGUUUAGUUAGAGACUUACCUGGAUACAAUAUGAUCGGGCGACUUAAAGUUGGUAUUAUAUCAUGCAUGCUUGUCGUCUUUUGUAGUACGCACAAAUUUGAAACGCUUUUCUAGAAGUGUCCUUGUUAGCAAUUCUUGGUGUAGCACUACUGAAGUAGACAAGAUUUGAGAAUUGUGCCAUUUUGAGAAAAUAUGCUGUUUAGGUUGUUAUUGAAGGGCGUUGUGGACUGCCUAUAAAAAAUAUCAAAAGUUUAAAGUAAUACAGUUGGAAUGUAAAUAAAAUUGCAUAUUAUUUUAUAUGUACUCUUUGUAAUAAAAUGGAGAGAUAAUCAA